AUGCAUGAUCAGCGGAUACUUCCAGUUGAAAAAUGGAAGCCCUAUGCCCACGUCACCACGUAUGAAUCAGAUCUCGGGGAAGUGGAGUUUUGCAUCUCUGCAGAUCAGGAGUUGACUGCAGUCAUUUGCGAUGAUCAGUGGUUUUCGAUUUUUGGGAAACAUUUUUCAAUUCAACCGAAGCAAGUCCUCUCACUGACGCUUAUGCUGUAUAUCUCGCAACAGCUCGACAAUGAAUAUCUUCCCUUAGCAAUCUUGGUCGACGAGCUCGCGGAGCUGGAGCUGACGCGGUUGCGGUCGCGUCGUCUCGAGAAGAGUGAUAAAGAUCAUCAGAUCUGGGGGGACGAAUUUUUCUUGACUAUACUCCGCCGAGUCAAGGAUGGGGACGCACUUAUUUACAAGGUCGUGCCAAUGGCCGUGGACGAUGGCGAGGAACUCUGCGGGAAUCCAACGGCGACAGUGCCUGGCAAGAUUAUGAGGGUUGAGGUUAGGGUUGAGGUGUGUGAGGAGGUUGAGGUGUGUGAGGACCAACCCGCUCAGCUAUCCUUUACACUAUGGUAUUUGUUUAGGCACGGCAAUCUCACUUGGCUAGCCCACGAGGAAUCUACAAAUUUCGGGGAUCUCAACGACCGUGUCUACUUUCAAGUUCGACAGGAAGGUGCUGAAAACGGUAUUAUAUUGAAAAUACCAGCAGAGAUCAAAAUCAGCCCAUGGGAUGUGAAGUGGGAAGCUAACUGGGAGGAAAUAUGGGAUCGAAGAACCGAAUCGGAGGUAACCUGUAUCGAAGACUCCUCCCGACAUUUAUAG